CAUUAAAAUACGACACAGAUCACGUCUCGAAUUGACUCAGGCACACGUAGACUGCAGGAACACAGACCAUCUGUCUCCUGAUGUCCUGUCCAGUCCUAAAUGUGUCCCACCGGACGCUCAGUGUCCAAUCACAGGGCUCACUGUCCUUUGUGUAGUUGGUCCUGGAGAGUCCUGGAGAGUCCUGGAAACAUGUUCAGUGUGUGUGUUUGUGUUGCAGCUGGCUCAGAGUGUGAUCGAACUGAACAACCAGAUCCAACAGAAGGACCGAGAGAUCCAGAACAACGAGCAGAGGAUGGCGGAGUACCAGCAGCAGAUUUCCGGUCUGGAGGGAGACUGUCGGGAGCUGAGGAGCCUCCUGCAGGACCUAGAGCGGGCCAAUCAGACGCUGAAGGACGAAUAUGACGCACUGCAGAUCACCUUUUCCGCUCUGGAGGACAAACUGAGGAGGACAACAGAGGACAACCAGGAGCUGGUGUCCCGCUGGAUGGCCGAGAAGGCCCAGGAGGCCAACAAGCUCAACGCCGAGAAUGAGAAGGACAGCAGACGCAGACAGGCCAAACUGCAGAAGGAGCUCGCCGACGCCGCCAAGGAGCCACUGCCCCUGGACCCAGACGACGACAUUGAGGUCCUGGCAGAAGACGGAGGGAAGGGGGGUGGAGAGACGUCUCCUAACAGAGCAGUCAGCAGGACUCCCAGGUGAGACAGUCUGCUGGGG